GUAGUAGUAGUUUCUGUCUUGUCCCUUCAUGAGAGCUGCUCGCGGCUCCUCCCGUGCCCUUUCUCCUCCCGUGCCCUUAACAACAAAGAUGGCGAGCGCUACCAAAUUCAUUCAGAGAUUAAGGAACUGGGCGUCGGGGCAAGAUCUUCAGGGGAAAUUACAGCUGCGUUACACAGAGAUUUCAAAGAGGACACAGCCACCCCCAAAUUUGCCUGUUGGCCCUAGUCACAAGUUGGCAAACAACUACUACUGCACCCGAGAUGGGAGAAGGGAAUCCUACCUUCCUCUUAUUAUAAUGUCUCCAUACAAGGCUCUACCUUCUGGAGGCCAGGCUUCAAGUACUGAUACGGCAGUAGCAACAGCAGCAAAAAAGGCAGUGUCUCCUGGACAUCCUCUUCCCAAAAUGGAAUUAUCUAAAGAUGAACCAUAUCUCUAAAUAAAAUAUGGAAGACUGUUUAUCAAAUAAACUUUAAUGUAAAUAGAAAGUUGCCUGCAAAAAUCAAGUAUUUCUUCCAUUUUGAAAUAAGUGUGUGUUUAUACUUACAUAAUGUAAGUACUCUGUUCAUUUACAACUACUCUUGCCGCUUUUGGUGUGUAAUGUACAAAUAUUGAUGGGCUAGUGAAAGGUAUAGAUGACAUUAAAAUACAUUUUUUCUAUUGCAA